UUGUGUAAAUACAAAGGUCAUGCAGAGGUGAGAACUACAUACAGUUCUUCCCAAAAUCAAUAAUGUACUUUCAAUAUGAUAUAAAAGGUCCGUGGAACAGACUCCCAAGAACAGUGACAUUUCAAGUGUUCGUGCAUUAUUUGCUCAUUGGAGCAAUUUGCACGGAAGCAAAUGCUGUGGAACCUCUUGAAUGGGCCUCAUAAUGGCUCAUGAUACAAACCCAUCACAAAAGAAAAGUACAGAGUCUACAUUGGGGUCCAGAUGAACUGGUUAAUUUGGUGUAUGUAUAUCAGCACAGUGCUGCUAUCAAAACUUGACCUGAGGUCACCUCUGUUACAUGCCAUGAAUGAUGUUAUUUGUAUGGAGCAGGUCAAUGUACAUUAAAUUCUAUUUCCGAGGUUGUAAUUACAAGGUCUGUCCUUGUUCAGUGUACAUAGCUGAAUAUGGAUGAAUGGAAGGAAACUGGAUUACGAUAUGCUGCCGCAGGUACCUCUUGUAUGUGUGCUUCUUGCUGUACCAACCCAGUUGAGGUGACGAAGGUUCGUAUUCAGUUAGAAGGUGAACUGACCAGACAAUCAGCAAUAAAAGCCUACAAAGAACGUUACUACAAGGGUCUCUUCCAGGGCUUAGUAAGAGUUGCUAAGGAUGAAGGCAUCAAAGGACUCUAUAAAGGACUUACUCCGUCAUUGAUUAGGGAAGCCAUUUACAGUACAUUACGUUUUGGUUCUUAUGAACCAAUCAAGAAACUAUAUGGAGCAACAGAUCCAACCAGAACCUCACUCAUUAUAAAACUUGCUGCUGGUGCUACAUCAGGUGCACUGGGGAGUUGGAUUGCCAAUCCUAUGGACAUUGUCAGGAUCAGACUUCAAGGAGAUGGGAAACUACUGCCUGGACAACAACCAAGGUACAGGGGUUUCCUACAUGCUGUCUCUGAUAUAGCUAAAACAGAAGGUCUAAGAGGUCUUUACAGGGGUACUGUCCCCACAGUGCAGAGGGCUAUGAUUCUUACUGCUGCUCAGGUCCCAACCUAUGAUCACACAAAGCAUUCCAUUCUCAACGGAGGCUGGAUGGCAGAGGGGAUAAAGCUCCAUUUUGUUUCAUCUAUGGGGGCAGGUUUCACUACAGCAUUCGCUACCUCACCAGUAGAUGUGAUUAAAACAAGAAUUAUGAAUCAGAAAAUCAAAGGUGUUGCAAAAGAUGAGAUAUUGUAUCGAGGCUCCUUAGACUGUCUCCUAAAAAUACUGCGGAGCGAAGGUUUCUAUGGUCUCUAUAAAGGCUUUUUCUCUAACUGGCUUAGGCUUGGACCUCAUACAUGUAUAUCAUUGCUAAUCUUUGAGCAGCUUAGAUGUCUUGCUGGAAUUCAUCCUAUUUAACGGUAAUGUCCAACCCAACAAAAUGUAGAUUUGAAUAAAAAGAAUAAUCAAACAUGCUGAAAUUUCAUCAAAAUUUAAUGUAAAAUAAGAGUCAAGACAUUUUAAAUUUUGCUUACCGGUAUUUUUCAUGAAACAGCUAUCACAGUAUCAUGCAAGUGAGAGAGUUGAUGGUGUCACACACUAAGUAUUGUUUUGUAUUUUAUUAUAUGAAUAUAGAAUACUUCACAAUAACAAAACAUCUCUAUGAAUCAUGACAGGUUGAAAUAAUAACAAUGUCACAUAUUCAUGGAGGAAUUAUACCUUGAUAAAACUAUAAUGAGGAAAAAAAGAUAUAAAAAUGUCACAUUUUAUGUACCAUGAAUAAAAUAGAAAAAGAUGGUGAGUGAUGAUUCCUGUUACCUCAUUUGCAUUCAGUCUAGGAUGUACAUCUUUUUACUUUUUUUGUAAAUUUAAGUGCAAUUCUUAAAUGUUAUACCUUUCUUAUUUUACAUCUGAUUUGGUUUGAAUUUUCAGUGUUAUACCCAUUUGAUUAAUAAAAAAAAAAUUCAAAUCAACAUUUUGCUUGGGUUGACUUGCCCUUUAGAGAACAGUACUGUGUUAGGAUGGAUUUAGAAUUUUCCAUCUCCAAGGGGAGGGGAUGGACAUAUUCAAGUUCCAUAUUUUGCUGAAGCAUUUUAAAGCUGAAUAUUAUUUUAAUGAUGUUAGUGUCUACAUGAUUCAUGCAGACCAUUGAAUAUAAAAUAGGACAUAUGCUACCGCCUACGGUCACAAAUCCUUUUACAAACACUAUACAAACAAUGAUAUUGGUAUGUAUAAUUAUACAUGUAUAUCAUUUGCACCUUGUUCUUAAAAUUAUCUGUGAUCGUAGCAUUAGAUGGUGGAACAUACCUAAACUGAUGGUAUUUACCAGGUAUUGGGUUACGACUGAGCAAAAUUAUGACAGAGAAUCUACACAAUCCUCUUAAAGCAAGAAUAUAUUCACUU